CCGAGCAAUCGACAGUUCGUUAGCGUUAGCGGAACGGUUUGGAGCAAAUUUUCUCACCAUGACCCACAAUUACAGGCGGUUCCUGGUGAUCGCGGUCCUGAUGUUAGCGAUACCCGCUCCCGUUCGAUCCCACCCGUCCGAGUCACCGCGGAUCGUCGCCGGGAAGGACGCCGAGCUGGGCCAGUUCCCGUACCAGGCCAUGUUGCGCAUUCAGAUGGAGAAGGGUCGAGCCCUGUGCGGCGGAAGUCUGAUCUCCGAGGAGUGGGUCCUGACGGCCGGACACUGCGUCGAAGGGGCCAGCUCGUUCGAGGUGCACUUGGGGGCGGUCGAGUUUAAGGAGCCGGAGGGGGGCGACGGACGGACGGUGCUCAACUCGACGGAGUUUAUCCGGCACGAGGAGUACCGGCGGGAGUCGGUUUCGAACGACAUUGCGGUGAUAAAGCUGCCGCAGCGGGUGCCGUUUAGCGACCGGAUUCGGCCGGUGGCACUGCCGACGGGACACGACGACUACAACCGGCGGAUGGCGAUCGCUAGUGGGUGGGGCAAAACGAAGGACCGGGGUGGAGCGGCUCAGCGGUUGCAGUACGCGCCACUUAAGGUCAUCUCCAACACCGAGUGCAUGCUGUUGUACGGCCCGGGAACGAUUCAACCCUCGACGAUUUGCACCCGGGGCGAGAACCGUCAGUCCACGUGCAACGGCGACUCCGGCGGUCCGCUCGUGCUCGAGGACGACCGCACCCUGAUCGGGGUGGUCAGCUUCGGCAGCGCCAUUGGCUGCGAGCGACGCCUCCCGGUGGCGUUUGCCCGCGUGACGGAGUUCACCGAGUGGAUUCGGAACAAAACCGGAGUGGCGGUGGGAUCGGGCGAAGGAACGACAACCGAGUCGCAAUAAUGGGACACAUUUCUCAUUACUCUCUACCGUGCGCAAAUUGGCUAGUUACGUUUUGGUUUUUUUUUUCUAAUUUUAAUUAGCAUUUUUAUUCUGUUUUCGACUUUUAGAGCGACUUUUUCUUUAAAAGUAUAUAAUAUAUAUAAUCAUCUUAAAGGCUAUACACAGUAUCUUUCUCAACCUAAUUGUAUUUACACCCCUUGGAGGAAGAAAAAAAGAACAUAAAGAGCGAACGAUUUAUCCAAUGA